CCGCGUCACUGUUGGGGUUUGACACGGAUGAACCCGCCAUUUAUUGUAAAUUAAUCGAUGGGGGCUGUGAUCAAAGGCAGGUCUGUUAGUCAAAUUCGGCAACUUUAAACUUUGCAGAACGUAGAUGGAAAUUAAAUGCGAAUGCGUCUUAUGUUUAAAAGCGCAUUAGCAGUGAUCGGUUCUGUUUAUCUAACCAGAGGUGUAAAAAUUACUGGAUUACUGUGUUCAAAGGAUUCGCGGGAAAAAGCUUGGCACCCUGCCCACAACAGCGAGUUUCACAGCAUUUCCAAAAGCAGCCGGUCCAUCAUUCUUCCUGCACGCUGAAGGCCCAGGACUGGGACAAUUUGCUUUCAAGAGGAAAUCAAAUAGAGGAAAUGUCUCAGGAAGAUCAAGAAUCUUCUCCAUCAAAAAAGAUAAAAAAGGAAGGUGAAAGUGAGCUAAAAGUAUCUAACUAUUUCUCUAUAAGGAUCAGUGAUGGAUUCAUACGUACUGUCGGCAAUGUUGUUACACCUUUGGUAUUAGCACAUGCAUCGUUGCAGAUUAUAAGAGAGCUGAAAGGUGUUCAGCUGGAAGGAGCAUUUAUAAACAUACUAAGCCAGUUUUGGGUAGGUGUAAGACAGUUUCGCCCAGGGAGCAUUAUCAUUGAUGCUGAAUCUUUAAAACAUUCCUCUGCAUUAAACAUGGAUGCUAUUAUACAGAAGAUGAUAACUGAAAUGAAAACAAUAAUGCCGGCAGGAAAUUUUGUAAUUGAGAAAGUAAAUGAUAAAGAUCAUCAUUCUCCAGAGCCAAAGGUUCAAGCCAUGGACCUUGCAUUGUAUACUUUGCACAUGCUGAAAAAGGAACUCGGCAGAAUGAAACUUUCAGCGAUAGCUGAGGUGAUGGAUUUUCAUAAUGCAGAGGAAAUGAUAUCACAAAGUAUAAGAGAAACACAGUCUUCUACAAAAGUGUGCCUUUUAUCACAAAAUGGAAAGGGAAAGAGUUUCAUUCUAAAUCUCUUGCUGCUUAUGACUGCAGACACUGAUGAAGAAUAUCAGGAAUAUAUCAAAAACAAUGAAGGCAUCCUUCCAUUAACACAGGAGCGUCUGAAGUUGCUACACAAAAAGGGACAUACAGAAAUAAUACCUGAAAUUUUUGCAGAGGAACUUGAAAAUGCUGAGGAAGAAGAAGACAGUGAUCAGAAAAAGGAGAAAAUUUUAAAAAUGAUGCAAAACUGCUGUUAUACUUCAUCAAUUUCAUUGAAUAGGAUGGCAGAAAUGAUGAAAGCUGAAGAGAAGUCAUUUUCUGCACUGAAAAAAUAUUGUGAAUCUGAUGGAGGAAAUCUUAGAGACUUUCGAUCCUACUUACUACCUGAAAAAGGAACAAAGAAAACACAUAUCUCAACUACAAAGAGUGUUGUGCGUCUCCAUUAUGGAAGGAUUUAUCAAAUGAAAGUUAAAUAUAUGAGCAAGGAAGAUCUUCAAAAUCAGCUUUAUGAACUUGUAGAAAUUGCAAGAGAUUUUUCACAGAGAAAAGAAAGAGGUCUGAAGGAAAGUAAAAGAGAAGAAAGCCAACGUUUGUCUUUAGAAAAGAGAUUUAAGAUUCUUACGACACAUUUUCAGGAAGGCAAUAUAGAUCAAGAAGCCCUGAUGCAAAUUGAAAGCCCUGAUUGUAUCCUUUUGAAAGAAGAAGUGAAGACAUUCGCAGGGACCACAGCUUAUUUUAUAGGACUUGGAAAAAAUGCAACAGAGGAUCGUCUGUUCAUUAGGGAGAAACUGCGGGAAAUGAUUACUUUGACAAAUGUGUCUGAAGACGAUAAGAAACUCCAAGAAAUGAAAAUUGCAGCUGUGAAAGAUAUUGUUGUCUUCGCUCCAUGCAAGCUUCUCUGUGGUGGAAAAGAACUAAUAGAAAUGCCUGGAACAGAUGAGUCUGACCCUCUUGCACAGCAUGAAAUUGGGAACAUACUAGAUAAGGCCAAUGGUACUUUACUUUUGUCAGAAUCUUCGUUUAAUAUAGGAGAAGCAGAUGUAAAAGACAUCCUUCGAGAGAGCAAAUUCCUUCACAACUUUAUUAAAUCUCCAGACGAAUACAUGUUACUAUUCAUGGCAUAUCAGGAGAAGAAUAAAGAUAUGCAGUUUACAAAGGAUGCUAAAAUUAUAGAUAUGGAAUUUAUCAAAGAAGAAGAAGAAAAAAAUGAAGGAGAAAUUGAAGGUCUUGAAAGGCUCCUUGAGAAACAGCUACCAGAGGAUGCCAAAAAGAGUAUAAAUACUUCUGUGAUUUUGCCAGUUUUUCAUUCCUCUCUUCUUAUGCAAGAGGGUGAUCCUACUGAAAUUAUGGGACAAUUUGAGAGUAAUCUGCAGCAUACUGGAGUGUAUAAAGUAAUGGAAGAAUUAGAUCAGUUUGGAUUUAUGAAUCUGAAGCCACAACUAGAUGAUGCAAAGGUUGCUUUAAUUCAUCUUAAAGAAAAAGCAAUGCAUUAUGAAGUCAUAUGUAAAAGGAAAGCAAGUCAAGCAGAAGAGACAAUCCGCAUCUGGAAAAUUAAAGAAAUAAAGGAUCUUAAGAUAGAUUAUUUCUUGAAAGAACAUGAUAAAAUACUGCAACAUACCAAAAGUAGCCUUAAUGAAAAAAGGAAACAAUUCAUCAAUGGAAAGGUUGCAAAAUUACUGAAAGAAUGGGGAAGAAAUGCUUCAGAAAAGUGGAAAAUGAGUAAAUCAAAAGUGACAAAUAGGGCUGUAUUUAAUCCUUAUUUCAACGGAAGACAUCCCAACUACAAGGUAAAACUGUACAAUAUUGCCUACGGCAAACCUGAUGAGCUUGAAAUGAAAGAUUUUUUGAAUGAGACGAGAGAUGUAAUGGUCACAUAUAAGGAAAACGCGCUAAAGUUGCUUGAAGAAGUGCUAGAUUUUAAGGAAAAUGGAUGGACAGAGAUGAAAGAAUUUGUUAUGCAAGCAAUAAAUCAUGAAUUGGAUGAAGCUAUUGUCUGGUACAUGGGCAAGAAAAAAAUGCCAUUUGAUGAGAAGAAACUAAUACAGCUUUUUGAGAGGAGCUUAGUUGAUUGUCUUAAAGAAAAACUCCUUAAAUAUGCUUAUUCAGAAAAAAUAACAAUUGGAAAUGCUAAAGAAAUGGUAACAAAGCAAAUAUCUGGAGUUGUUGAAAAUGCUGCCGUAUAUUUUGAAUGGAACAUUGAGAAAAAACUUCAUGAUCAAAGAUGGAAAAGCUUUCUUGGCAAAGUUAAUCCAAACAGUAAAACACCAAGACUACUACAGAUCACAAUGUCUGUUCUGAAACCAAUGCCAGAAAACCUCAGCAAAGAAAAAGAAGAAACCUUAAAUGUAAUAAAACGCUUGGAUAACUUGAUAAAAAUGGCUGAUGUAGCUUUAAAAGGAACCAAGAAGACUGGAGAUAAAUAAAAACUCAACUUUAAUAAGAUCAUCAAUUCAUCUGGAAAGUUUAAAAUGUUUUCCUAAAAUUAUAGCUUUAAAUUGUUUUU